AUGGCGGGAGGGGCGAGGUGGAGGAGGAGGACGAUACUGGAGGUUGCUGAGGUUCGCGUCCCUGGUGCAGGGGGAGCGGCAGGCCCGGGAUGGGGUUGUGGGGCACUGGAGGCCUGGCAGGGAGAGGAGGAUGCCGAGGCCUGGGGAAGUGGGCAACAGUCAGUGACAGGAGUUGAAGCUUCAGAUGAUGCUAACAGUUACUGGCGGAUUCGUGGGAAGAAUGAUGGCAGUUGCCAACGUGGAACACCGGUGAAAUGUGGGCAAGCUAUACGACUUACCCAUGUUAACACAGGAAAAAAUUUACACACUCAUCACUUCCCAUCACCACUCUCCAAUAAUCAAGAAGUAAGUGCCUUUGGUGAUGAUGGCGAAGGAGAUGACCUCGAUAUAUGGAUUGUGCAAUGCAGUGGGACUUACUGGGAGCGGGAGGAUGCGGUGCGCUUCAAGCACGUAGGAACUGAGGUGUUCCUUUCAAUAACAGGGGAACAGUAUGGCCAUCCCAUUAGAGGCCAGCGGGAAGUUCAUGGCAUGUCUACUGCUAAUCAUCACAACUAUUGGAAAGCAAUGGAAGGAGUCUUCAUCAAACCCAGUAUGGACCCUGCAAAACAUGAUGAGCUCUGAAUUGACAGAGGAUCUAAAAUGCUUCAGCUUACUCCAAUGUUCGGAGAUGCUAAUCCUUGGUCUCUUAUAAGUCCUGCCUUGCCUAAGUGACUGACUUUGUGUAUUACUGAAGGGCAUUAGUUCAUUCUAGGAAUGCAGCACUUCUAUGGGAAAUGGCAUCUGCCAGGUUCAGCCAUUGAAAUUUAUUUGGUGAAAUUGUUUCUGAAUUUUCAAGCUUAAUUGAUGAAACUAGUUCAUACAUCUGUUAGUUUUCGUUGUCGUUUGUUUUGUUUGUUACUUUUUCUCAAAUUUGAAGGAAAUGGAAAAACUGAAUUAAUACAUUUCUGCAGUCCCAAGUACAACAAAAAUUUGUAUUUUGUAAUCUUUUUCCAAUUAUAAUUAAAUAUUUGGAAACUGA